AUGUCGUUUUCCCCUGACGUUUUCAGGAAGAAAUUGGACUCGCUCCAAGACACCCAGGAGCUGAUCGUGUCCAUCUCGCAAUGGGUGCUUUUCCAUCACCGCCAUGCUAAAGACUUGUGUGAAUUGUGGAGCAACUACGCGGUGUCCAACAUCUCCACCAUGAAACUGAACAAGAAGCUCUCGCUCUUGUAUCUCUGCAACGACGUUGUACAAGAGGCUCGCCACAAGCGCAAGCCCGAGUUCUCCACCGAGUUUGCUCGCAUUCUUCCCGAUGUCUUGAACGCAAUGUAUCCAACUUUGGAUUCGCCAGUAAAACCCAAGGUGGAACGUCUAAUUGGUGUUUGGGAACAGAGAAAUAUCUUCGACAAGCAACAGAUCAAGCAGAUGCGCCGCUCAGUGGAGUUGCUGAAAUCUGGCAUGCCCAAUGUGCCCGAGGUGGACGAUGCGCCCGUCAAAUCGUCGACUUCCGUUCAAAUCGCUCCUGAAUUAGUCCAUCUCAACAAUUUGUACCUCCACCUCAAUCUGUUGCAAGAUGUAUGUCUGUCCAACUUGUCACAGGUGGGGUUCCAGCUGAAAACAUACUUGCCACAUGACCAUUCUGCUCUGGAUAACCUUCCACUGCCCAAGGUGUACAUCUCCAAGUUGAAUGUUCUCGAGAAGUUGUGCAACUUAACCACGCAGAACUUGCAUGACAUCAAGUCCACCCGUCAGGAGGUCACAUCCAUUUUGUCCAACCUCCAGAACUUGCUCAAUGAAGGCGCUACCACCGACGAAUCCAAGGUCAAGAUCAUUCUGCAGAAAAUGGACAAGUUGAAGUCCACCAGAUCGGAGUUGCAGGAGAUGUUGGACGAACCAACAGAGCUGGGACACACGGAAGCUCAGGAUGACGAGGAUGAGUCGCCCAUGUUCGAAUCGAACGCAGACUCAGCUAGUGACUUGGUCCCAACUUAUGAAAGUUCCAGUGAGGACGAUGACGAGCCAGAAAAGCUUCCAGCGGCUGAUCCGGUAGACGUAAGACCAGUCAGAAAGAGAAAACUCUCGGACUCGUCCAUUUCGUCCAAUACAUCGAAGAAAUCCGUUGCAUUUUCAGAGGACAUCCAGAUCAAAGAGUACGACAGAGAGGAACAUACAGAAGUGAUCAAAAUUGUUCGCAGCGACACGGAAUCCGAGGAUGACUAUGCUCCGGACUUCGACGAGCCACCAGCCCCAGAAAACCUCAGAGAAUUCGAGGCUCACCACAAGGAUGACUUGGAGCUCAUGCAUGAACGACUUAGCGAGACGGAGAGCGACGGAUACGAUCCCUCAGGGGAAGCAGGCGACCAGGAGGACCCAAAGGCGGGGCUUUUGAGUUUGUUAUCCAAGCUUAAUUAA